AUGCAAAAGUGCCGCGCCGUGCAGAGCGCCUUGAGCUCCAAGGCCGCCCUCCCACUAUCGACUCCGGUUCGAGCUCAACCUCAUAUCCAGCGCAGGAACAUACAGGAUGUCUUCAUUACUCGAACCGGAUCUCCAAUUAUCAAGGUGCAGGGUGGACGGUAUGUACUGGUGGGCUCCGGCGUGGCGUCAAUGGCAAGUGGGAAGCCGGACAUAUUGCUAACGUUGACAUUACCAACAGGCCACACCGCUACCGUUUUUGGCGCAACAGGCUUCUUGGGACGUUACAUUGUGAACAGGCUGGCUCGCCAGGGAUGCACUGUUAUCGUACCAUACCGAGAGGAGAUGACAAAACGUCACCUGAAAGUGACCGGUGACCUGGGAAGAGUUGUUUUCAUGGAAUAUGACCUUCGUAACACCCAAUCGAUCGAGGAGAGCGUACGCCAUUCCGAUAUCGUUUACAACUUGAUCGGCCGAAACUAUCCCACCAAGAACUUCUCUUAUGAAGAUAUCCAUGUCGAAGGUACUGAACGCAUUGUCGAAUCGGUCGCGAAAUAUGACGUUGACCGAUAUGUUCAUGUUUCCUCGUAUAACGCGAGCCUCGACUCUCCCUCUGAAUUCUUCAGGACUAAGGCCCAGGGUGAAAAUGUUGCAAGAUCCAUUUUCCCAGAGACUACCAUUGUGAGGCCGGCCCCAAUGUUCGGGUUUGAGGAUAGACUUCUGCAUAGGCUUGCCGGAGUAACGAAUAUCUUUACAUCGAAUCACAUGCAGGAAAGAUACUGGCCAGUCCAUGCCAUUGACGUUGGCCGAGCCCUCGAGCUCAUGCUAAUGGAAGAAUGGACUACUGCUCAAACCUUUGAGCUCUACGGCCCAAAGAACUACUCCACCAAGGAAAUUUCCGAGCUCGUUGACCGUGAAAUAAUCAAGAAGCGCCGACACGUCAAUAUUCCAAAGACCAUCAUGAAGCCCGCUGCCUACUGGCUGAACAAGCUGCUUUGGUGGCCAAUUACCUCUGCGGACGAAGUGGAAAGAGAAUUCAUUGACCAGCACAUCGACCCAACAGCUAAAACCUUCAAGGAUCUGGGCAUUGAACCAACUGACCUCAGCACUCUCACAUUCCAUUACUUGCUUGGGUACAGGAGUUCCCAGUAUGCGGAUCUACCACCGGCCACCGAGCGCGAGCUUAAGGAGGAGAGGAAAUACCUCCAUGUUCUGGACUCCCAAUAA